GCAGCAGUGACGGUGGCGGCGGCAGCAGAGGCUUUCAGCCUCGGCCCCUCUCCUUUCAGCGUCAGAAGCAACGAGCCGAAGAUGGCAUGCCAACGCGCUCCUCUGAGCCUGCAGAUGCUUCUUGGAGUCCCCAAGCAGGUGCUGGUCACUGGAGCAUCGGGAAGGACCGGGUUCUUGACCUUCACGAAACUGCGAGAGCUCGAGAAGGAGUUCUACGUGCGAGGGCUCGUGCGAUCGCAGAAGGGAGCCAAGAAGUUGGAGACAACCGGGGCAUCCCUCGGAGACAGCGAGAAGAUCAAAGAGCAGAACGCUAAGAUGAGAGCCAUGGGUCUUCCUGCUGAUGACGACGAGCCAGAGGUGUUUGUGGGCGACAUCAUGGAUAGGGAUUCCAUCCAAGAAGCCUUCGACGACCUGGACGCCCUCGUCAUCUUGACCAGCGGGGUCCCCAAGUUGCGCAAGAGGGAGAUUGUCAAGACGGUCCUGUCGAAGCUCAUCGGACGCCAGCGCAUGCCCAAGUUCUACUACGAUCAGAUGCCUGAGGAGGUGGACUGGUUGGGUUGCAAGUGCCAGAUAGACUUGGCGAAGGAGAAAGGUAUCGACCACGUCGUCCUGGUGAGCUCCAUGGGAGUGAGUCCGCAGAAGAAUACCCCCGACAACACGUUGAACAAGAUCGGAGGAGGAAACAUCCUGGUCUGGAAGGCUAAGGCUGAAGACUACCUCAAGGAAAGCGGCUUGACGUACACCAUCAUUCACCCUGGUGGUCUCACCAACAAGCCAGGAGGCGAGCGAGAGCUCGUGCUCGGAACUGAUGACUCUCUCCUUGACAACUACGAGCAGCUUGGUGCGACGCGAACCAUUCCUCGGGAGGAUGUGGCGAACCUGGUGAUUGAGGUCUUGAGGCAUAAGGAGCUUGUUGCCAACAAGUCGUUCGACGUUGUCACCAAGGAUGUUGGUGCUGGUGCGCCAACCAAAGACUGGGAAUCGCUCUUCAAAACUCUACCCUAGAAAGAUGAAUUUGGGAUUGAAAAGAUAAAGAGUUGCAUGACUGC